CACUAGUUUGUCUUGAAGUUCUGCCGCGAAGUUCCUUCCAACGACUAUCACCCUAAAAAAACAAACAAAUCACACAAGCUAUAUGGCCUCUCAUUUGGUUGCUGUUUUAUGACCAUUUUGUGUUUGUGUCGAGGGCCAAAUUAAGCUAUAUCUUAUUUUCAGAUUAGUCGAUUCAACACAAAAAUGUCAGAGAGCGAGGACGAAACACGUCUGCAACUGAAGGCGGCCUUACAUUACACGGUUGGUCAAAUGUGUCACAAAGUGGGCGAGGAGCACCAUAGAGCUUUUAGCCGACAAGUGGUCGCAGCCAUAACCGAGACAGCCUUCAGACAAUGUGAUAUAUUUGCUAAAGACUUGGAAGCGUUUGCAAAACAUGCAAAAAGAUGCACUGUGUCAGCAGAAGAUGUAAAACUUUUGGCCCGUCGCAGUACUGCAUUGUCACUGCACAUACAGAGGAAAAGCGAAGAAGUGGAAAAGGAGCAGAAGUCUUUGAAAAAGAAGAGGAAGAACAAAGACACUCAGAGCAGAGAAUAAGGCACAGACGGGUCCUUACUCCCCACUCUUGCCACAAAUAUUCUAAUAAACGUCAAAAAUUCACUUCA